AUGUCCACCGUAACCAAGUACACCGCGCGCGACGGCGACGCCGUGCUCCCACUCUUCAGCCUUCGCGGCAAGACCUGCAUCGUGACGGGCUCUGGGGCCGGAAUCGGCUACGCAGUCGCGCAGGCCUUCGCCGAAGCCGGCGGCAACGUCGCCUUCCUGUACAACUCUAACCCGAAGACCGUCGAGCGCGCGGCCGAGACCGCAGAGAAGUACGGCGUCGUCUGCAAGGCGUACAAGCUCGACGUCACUAGCCAGCAGGAGGUCGAGAAAACCGUCGACCAGGUCGUAGAAGACUUCAACGGCCGCCUCGACGUCUUCGUGGCUAAUGCUGGCAUUCCCUGGACUAAGGGCCCGAUCAUCGAGGCCAACGACCACGCACACUACACAGCCGUCGUCUCGACGGAUCUCGAUAGCGUGUACUUCUCGGCGCACGCAGCCGGCAAGCACUUCCAGCGGCAGGGGUGCGGCUCCUUCGUAGCGACCGCGUCUAUGUCCGGCCACAUCGUGAACCUUCCGCAAGCGCAGGCGGUGUACAACGCGGCGAAGGCGGGUGUGAUCCACAUGUGCAAGUCCUUGGCCGUGGAGUGGGCCGGCUUCGCCCGCGUAAACACUGUCAGCCCUGGCUACAUCGCCACGGAGAUCUCAAGCUUUGUGCCCGACGAGACGAAGAAGAUCUGGCAUGAGAAGACUCCUAUGCGAAGGGAGGGACUGGCCAAUGAGCUCAAGGGCGCGUACCUCUACUUUGCGAGCGAUGCGAGUACUUUCACUACUGGGAGUGAUCUGAUUGUUGAUGGAGGUUACUGUGCUCCUUAA